AUGAAGAAAGCCUGCUCAGUGUAUCCCGAAGAGAAGAUGAUUCUGAAGCGAAAAAGAGCAGAACCUGAGACUAAAAAGACAGCACGGAGAAGACUGGUGCGACCAUCCCCUCCGGAGGCGUGUUUUCCACUGUUAAAUCUACCAUCCGAAUUGCUUUGGGAGAUUCUGAUAAGGGUUCGGGGUAAAGGUUUAGAAAGGUGCAAAUCCGUUUGCAAGUCCUGGCGAUCAAUAAUCAAAAGCCCUGAAUUCUGGGGACUUUACCGGAAUCACAAUCAACCAGGCCUGAUACUCUGCGUCCCACAACAAAUCAAAUUCGAAACAGUAAGAAACCAGGUCGUUAACCAGCAAAGAAUGUUCGGUUUCUUUUACUGUCCAAUUUCCUCUCCGCCGCAUACAGAGCCGAAAACACAAUUCAAUUGUCUGAACGAGUUAGGACUCGACCCUGUUUCUGGUCAGAUGACCCAAGUGGUGAACGGUCUGGUAUGUGUUUGGAAACAGUUUAAACUCUUGACUGUGUACAACGUUUGUACAGGACAAGGGAUGCUGUUUAACAACACUGCCCUUUGUUCUCGAAAUCAUCCCGACAAAUCGAAGUUUUAUCUCGGGUGUGAUCCAACUGAGAAAGCCUACAAAUUGUUGAAAUUGGUUGCCCCCAGUAGGCAUAGGUUAGAAGCAUUUCUUAUGACUUUGAGACCAUCGAAUUCAGAAUCGAAAUGGUGGCAACUAGAAAGAUGUGCCCUCCCUGGAUUUCCAUUUAGGACUCAAGCAACAUCAUUCUCAUCAUCGAGGAAAGGGGUCUUGUAUUGGUUCUACUGGAAAGAAUCAUUUGUAAGAUGUUUAAAUCUCAAGGUCGCGAGGUUUGGGAAAGGGAAGCUUCCGAUUGAGGACGACACGUUUGAGGCAUACCGUAGGGAAUGGAAACUCGCUGAAUCCAUGGGGCAUUUGGUUCUCUGGUUAUUUCCAAGUAAAGAAGUUGUUGAUUACGAUAUCAAUAUUUUUGGUCCCCAAGAUUUUAUGCUCUUUGUAUUAGAAAAAGGUAGUUGGAAUAAGCAAGUUAUCAAGUUGCCUAAAGAACUUAAUCGGGCACAUACGGUCGUGGUCGGGAAUCUACCAACCGGCGAGAUGCUUCUGAUGAAUCGUGUUGUUGAGAAAGGUCGGAACAACCAUUAUUACACGCCAGUUUAUUCAUAUGAUCAUCGAGAAAAUAAGUUUGAGCGGGUUUUGGUUGGAAAGCUCCCAGGAAAACACAGCGCUUAUCUCCACCAUUAUGAUGGUAACAAUUCAAGAGGUGGUUUGAGUGAGGAUUCUGAAUUUCGGUCUGCACAGUUUUUUCAUGAAACCGUUUCGUUUUUCCAUUACAAUAAUCUUCAUCGAUCAUUGGAUGAUGUGCUUCGUGGUCGGUAGGAAUCUCAUGGCGUCUUUUUUCAUUUUUUUGGUAUAUUACGC